AUGUAUGAGGAUCUUAGGGAUCACUAUUGGAGGCCUGGCAUGAACAGAGACAUUGCCUUAUAUGUAUCACCAUGGAAGGGACUAGUACGAAUCAGGAAGGGAGGCAAGCUAGGUCCCAGAUACAUUGGUCCAUUCGAAAUACUCGAAAGAAUCAGACCGGUGGCGUACAAGUUGAAGUUGCCACAUUUAAGUGCCAUCCAUGACACAUUCCAUGUGUCGAAUCUGAAGAAAUGCCUAACGGAUGAAACAAUAGUGUUACCCCUGGACGACGUUCAGAUUAGCGAUCAGUUACACUUCAUUGAAGAACCAAUCGAGAUACUGGACCGAGAAGUUAAACGGUUGAGGAGCAGAAAAAUCCCUAUUAUUAAGGUCUGCUGGAAUGAGAAACAUGGUCUAGAGUACACUUGGGAGCGAGAAGAUUUCAUGAAAGGCAAAUAUCCGCAACUGUUUGCAGAAAAAUCCAUUGGCAGUAGCAUUCGUUAA